AUGAGAAAGACACUCCUGGCACUUGCGUUGACAUGCAAGUCAUUCACUGAACCUGCAUUGGACCUUUUGUGGCAACAUCUAGACAGGGUUGAACCUCUUAUCAGAUGUCUCCCACAAAGCCUAUGGAAACGGAACUGGAAAAAGCUAGUUAGUCAAGCUCUGGCCCAUGCUCAAGAGUACACUAAUUCACACUAUUUGAUAGGAAUUUCAAAGAACCAUGAUGUUCCAUGA